UAUUUUUAGGGGGUGGCUUGCAGUGGCAGCAGCUGCGAAAGCAUUUAUUCACUCACCCCUUCUCUCGCUUCUACUCUUUAGCUGUUGGACAAUGACAGAAUCAGAGCUAAAGCAUGCACCACGCGUUCAGAAAGAAUGAACACAAUCAAGGAAGGACACCUGCAACUGUGACUUGCCAAUUGUGAAAGGGGGAUUUUUUUUUUCUUUCUUGUGAAGAAGCACAAGAGAUCCAAAGGUACGCUGAAUAGGAACCGUAAUCUGUAAGCCACAAACCAAGAAGAAGACAAGGAAUGUUACAACAAAGCAACAAGUUUCCAUAUCAAGAAAGUAUCGAAGAGGAAUUGAAUGUCAGCUGAAACAACUAAUACAUGCCUGAUUGCUUAAAGAAUGUAAAUUUGGAGUCAAAUUGAUAGUAAUGCUUUACAGAAAGUGACUUUCAGAGAAAGAUUGUCAAGGUAAAGCGUCCAGACUUCACCUACAAACUGCAGUCAUUUCAGUCACGAUCAAAAGCUAACUUUACAAACCAUAAACCAAAAAAACCAUUAAAAACUCUAAUUUAGUCAUUAAGGCCAAAGGAGGAAUUGCUAUGGAUAUUCUGGGUGGUGCGCCUCGUGUUUUGGGCUACCCUCGGCCUGUAGUGGCACAGUGUGGGACAGAUGCAACGCUGAGGUGCCAAAUUGGUGGAGACCCUCGUCUGGAUGUAAUCUGGGAACGUAAAAAUGUCCAGAUUUUGUCUGAGGGGCGACACAAGCUAACAGAGGAGGGAAAGACGUACAUGUUGACCAUUACGGGAGUGACCCAGCAAGACGCUGGCCAGUACAUCUGCAAGGCUAGAAAUAGCGUAGGUGAAACCUAUGCAGCGGCCUCGCUCAAAGUGGAAGGAGAGCCCCUUGUGCAAAAGGAAGAGGUGAUGCAAUCGGGGGUCAAUUGGGAAAAACAAGCAAAGAACGCAAAUGAAGAAGCAGGUGGAUAUUUAAAUGGUUACAGUACAGUAGUGAAUGGUGUAAAUGAAAAGGAAACAAAUGAGAAGUGGAAGAAUACGAUGAAUGAAAAGCUAGAAGAAGUUGAUUUAACGACCAAUGAUAAACCUCGAUUUCUCAUCAAGCCUCUGUCUCUGCGUGUGGACCGAGGAGAGGACGCUGCCUUCUCGUGCAAGAUCUGGGGCACGCCUUUGCCCCAGGUGACUUGGGAAAAAGACGGGAAAAAGCUGAACGACAUCUUCGAGAGUUCACACUUCAGUGUAAGCAAUCAAGACGGGGGAUGGUUUCAGCUCAAGCUCUACAGGACGCGCACGCCAGACAAAGGCGUCUACACCUGCAAGGCUGUGAACUGUCAUGGCGAGGCCUUGGCAGGAGCUGUCCUCCUCGUUGAGCCGGUUCCAGAGCGAGAAGAAAGUAAAAUGUCUUCAAAUGGCAACAACAGCAGCCAGAGGUCACCGAAGCACAGAGGUGGGAGGCUCAGUUUGUCGAGGCUCACAGAGGAACCGCCUGUCAACGCAACCAAGGCAAAAAAAUUUGCAGUAACAGAGGGGAAACACGCCAAGUUUCGAUGCUUUGUGACGGGCAAGCCAAAACCGGAGAUCAUCUGGAAGAAAGAUGGGAUUCCCCUGGAGCCGGGCAGACGCCAUCUGAUCUUUGAGGACAGAGAAGGUUAUUACACACUGAAGGUCCUGUACUGUAAGGUGCAGGACACAGGGUUGUAUGUGUGUGCUGCAUCAAAUGCUCUUGGAAACACCCUUAGUGCCGUUCAUCUGUCAGUGAAAGGUCCAACUGUGCGAUUCCGACGCCCAUUAAAAGAUCUGGAGGUGAGGGAAAGGGAUGUUGCCGUGCUGGAGUGUGAAGUACCUGACGAAACAAUCCCUGCUGCCUGGUACCUUGAAGACCAGAGGCUGAUGCCCAGCAGUAAAUAUGGAAUGGAUCAAAAAGGAACCAAACGAAGACUAACCAUCCGUGAUGUUGGAACCGACGACGAUGGAGUAUAUCUUUGUGAGAUGCCUGAUGGAGGAAAGAGCAUUGCUGAAUUAUCAGUUAAAGGCACCAUUGUUCGUAAACUUCCACGGAAGUUGGAAGUUCUGGAGGGAGAGAAUGCUGUGUUCUGCGUUGAGGUGGAGAAUGACGACAUGGAGGUCCACUGGUUCAAAGAUGGUUUAAAGCUACAUGAGACGCACCAAACUAUCCUCAAGUCUUUUGGCAAGACUCAAAUCUUGGUCUUUGUCAACGUGGCGUAUCACGAUUCAGGGGUUGUGACAUUUGUCGCAGGAAGAUCCAAAACUUCAUCACGCCUCAAAGUCAAAG